AUGCCAGGUCUGCUGAACCAAAACACAGGAGCAUUCCUGCCCCUCACCUCGUCUGAAGUCACGUCUUUUGUCAGUGGUUAUGCCCUGGGACUCACUGCCUCCCUCACUUAUGGCAAUCUGGAGCCUCAACCCUUCCAGGGCCUCUUUGUGUACCCUCUGGAUGAGUACACCACAGUGAUUGGCUUUGAAGCGAUCAUUGCUGACCGCAUUGUGACAGUACAGAUCAAGGACAAAGCCAAGCUUGAGAGCUGCCAACUGGAUACCAGCUACAUGGGAGCCACUGUCACAGGGAACUUUACACAAGAUGGUGCUCCCUUCACCACUCAGUACUGGCCUCCAGGCAAGGUGCCUUUGGAUGAGGAUUUGGAAAGGAUCCUGUUUGUGGUCAACCUGGGGACCAUCACCCCCAUGGAGAAUAUUACCGUCUUCAUCAGCACCUCCUCAGAGCUCCCAACCCUGCCCAAUGGGGCUGUACAGGUGAUGUUGCCUGCCGUCUGCGUCCCCAUUGUGUCCCACCUCUGCACCGAUGACAUUGACACUGCCAAUCAACAUACCCAAGGCAAAGACAAGCAUUGCUUCAGCGCCAAGGCCCUGGACUCCUGGAACAAGCUGUGCCUGGCAGCUCUCCUGGACACCAGUGUGUCUAACCCCAUGGAAUACGACUUCAGCUUUCAGCUAGAGAUCCGGGGACCGUGCCUACUUGCAGGAGUCGAGAGUCCCACCCAUGAGAUCAGAGCGGAUGCCGCCCCUUCUGCCUGUUCAGCCAAGAGCAUCAUCGUCACAUUGGCCAGCAAGCACACCUUUGACAGGCCCGUGGAGAUCCACAUCCACCCCAGCGAGCCCCACAUGCCUCAUGUCUUGGUGGAGAAGGGAGACAUGACCCUGGGAGAAUUCAUGCAGCAUCUGCAGGGCAGAGCAGAUUUCAUCAAAGGCAUGAAGAAGGACAGACGUGCAGAGCACAAGACAGAACUCAUCCGGAAACGCCUGCACAAGGACAUCCUGCAUCAUUCUGUCAUCAUGCUCAACUUCUGUCCUGACUUCCAGUCAGCCCACUCCAAGCUGCGGAAGGCCUAUGGGGAGUUCAUCUUCCUCAUUGAUCGAAGCAGCAGCAUGUGUAGGAACAACAUCAACCAUGUCAAGGAUGCCAUGGUAGUGGCUCUUAAAAGCCUCCUGCCAACUUGCCUCUUCAAUGUCAUUGGGUUUGGAUCUACAUUCAAGCCCCUGUUCUCUUCCAGUCACACCUACAGUGAGGAGAACUUGGUCUUGGCCUGUGAUAGCAUCCAGAAAAUGCAGGCUAACAUGGGGGAUACCAACAUCCUCUCCCCACUCAAGUGGAUCUUCCGGCAGCCCUUGCACCGCGGCCACCCGAGACUCCUCUUCCUGAUCACAGAUGGUGCUGUCAACAACACUGGGAAGGUGCUUGAGCUGGUACGGAACCACGCCUCCUCUACCAGGUGCUAUAGCUUUGGGAUUGGUCCCAACGUGUGCCACAGACUGGUGACAGGGCUGGCAACUGUGUCCAAAGGCAGUGCUGAAUUCCUGCAGGAGGGAGAGCGGUUGCAACCCAAGAUGAUAAAAUCUCUGAAGAAGGCCAUGUCCCCAGUCCUGAGUGAUGUGACUGUGGAUUGGAGCUUCCCUGAGACCAUGGAGGUCCUGAUCUCACCUAUUAACACCAGCUCUCUCUUCCCUGGAGAACGGCUGGUGGGGUAUGGCAUUGUGUGUGAUGCAACCUUUUACAUCUCUAAUUCCAAUUCUGACAAGAAUCAAUGGCGUGGCAUGCUGCAUCCUCAGGAGUCAAGCAGCUCUGUGUUCUACCAUUCACAAGAUGAGGGACCCCGUCCAGACCAUGGUGACUAUUCCAGGAAUGUUGUGCCACCUGUAAACCUGAAGCUGGCCAAAGAUGCCAGGCCAUCCAGUGGAGAUUACACCUCACACCACAGUACGGGACCCUCCCAUCGACGACGGGCAUACAGCACCAAUCAGAUCACCAACUACAAGCCUCCCCCAAGGGCCACCACAGUCAGCGAUUCUACAAUGGCUGCCAAAAGAAACCCACUACGGAAAACUAACCUGCAACACCUUGCCAACCAGAUCAGCCAACAAGUAUCAUCCCAGAAAAUUGGCUUGCAGAAAAAUGGCCAACAGUUGAGUCAGGGCCCCAAAAUCCAGGGAACGGGGGCCCGCAGACCCUCUCUACUGCCCCAAAGUUGCCAGCCAGCCCUGGCCAGUGACCAAGUGAUGGAAACAUGGAGUCACCUGAGAGAAGUGCAUCCCAGCUCUAACCAGAAGCUGGCCUCAGACAGUCGCAACACCAGUGACCUGGAACCGUCCCACCAUCCCUCCUUGGAGACAGAGACUUCCUCGGAUUGGGAAUCUUCAGUGGAAUUAGACGAGCCCAGCAGGCAAGAAAAGCCCUCUGCCCUCCACCGGGUGCUGGGCAAGGCGGUGGUCAAGGGCAUGCGAGACAAUCAACAUUUGCGAUGGGAGGUGAGCUUCGAGUUGAGCCCUCAGGGGCACAAGCAGGAUGGCACCAGCACGCGUGCUGCUGAUCUUUGGAGCGAGACCUUUCACCACCUGGCAGCGCGCUCCAUCAUCCGUGACUUCGAACUGUUGGCAGAGCGCGAGAGAGAAAUCGAGCAAGGGAUUAGACGUCGCUACCAGGUGAGUGCUGUGCACACUAGUAAAGCCUGCAACAUCAUCAGCAAAUACACAGCCUUUGUGCCAGUGGACAUCAGCAAGAAUCAAUACCUACCCACCGUGGUGUGCUACCCUAACUCCGGUGCUUCCUGGCGGAUGAUCAGCUCUCGGGCACUGACCCAGUAUUGGAAGAGCAUGGGCACCAACAUGGCGCGGCCACGGACUGUUCUGAAAACUGAAAAUUCAGAGGCAAUAGAAGAAAAAUCUCAGAUCCAAAUCCACCCACAGCUACUAUUUAUUCAGACAUCCCUCUCUUUGGUGGGUAAAAGAAAGAGUGGUACAAGAGAGUAUUUCCUCACUGGGUCCUGUGUUGUAGGUAAAAGCCCUGCCACACACUUCCAAGAGACCAUGUCCCUAAUGCGAGAGAAGUACCCGGCUUCUGAUGGUUCCCUGCGUUUUCUGUCCACCAACACCCUUUCUUCCUUCAAGGUCUCGGAGACUAUCUUUGGACCCAGGCUGAGCAUCAACAAGUCGAAGUUGCUGACUCAAGCAGCCCGGGGCUUCCUGAGCAAGCCGCUCAAGGCUCCAGGGUCCGUGUUGCCAGAGAGCCUGAAUCUCAACUACAUCCCACUGGUAUGUCUGCAGCUGGCCUCUGGAGCCUUCCUGUUCAACCAAGCCUUCUGCGAGGCCACCCGCAUUCCCCUGGAGAAGCUCAAGUGGACCUCACCAUUCAGCUGCCACCGAGUUUCACCCUCGGCCCACCACAAUGAGUCUAAGAUUUCAAGUCCCCAACUCUGCACCAUCAGCUCCCCUCAACAUUCCUCCCAGAACAGCCUCUUAACAGAGCCGAGGGCCACGACCAAGUUUGACUGGGAGUUCAGAGAAGUGACAGGGCACACGGGAAAGCUGUGGGCCACCGUGGUGGCAUUGGCCUGGCUGGAGCACUACUCGGCCACCUACUUUGUGGAGUGGGAGCUAGUGGCUGCCAAGGCUAAUGCGUGGCUGGAACAGCAGGAAGUGCCCGAGGGCCGCACGCAGAGCACACUCAGGGCUGCUGCCCGCCAGCUCUUCGUGCUCCUGAGACAUUGGGAUGAAACCCUGGAGUUCAACAUGCUCUGCUAUAACCCUAAUAAUGUGUAGUGGGUGGAGAAAGGAGGUUGGGGUGUGGAAGGGCAAGGAGCAAGUAAUUGGGGCCUGGUGGGAGGAACUUGAGUAGCUGUAGCCAAUAUAAUGAUGCUAGA